UAUUAUCUAUCUCUGACGCGCCCAUAAAAACAAAAACAAAAACAACCCACCACAAAACCGAACGCACACGAGGCAGCAAAACCCACCAACGUAGGAGUACUACGGUCUACGGCUAGGCAAAAUACCGAGCAAGUAUAAAUGGCGCCGCACAUCGCUGUGGUGGCGUUUCCUUUCAGCUCCCACGCCGCCGCGGUGCUCUCCCUGACGCGCGCCCUUGCCGCCGCGGUGCCGGACGGGACGAUCAUCUCCUUCCUCACAACUUCCGCCUCCGCCGCGCUCCUCCGUAAAACCGGCACGCUGCCCGGAAACCUGCGUUUCGUGGAGAUCGCUGACGGGGCGUCGGCGUCGUCCUCACCACCAAUGUUGCCUCUCCCGCGAAUGAUGGAGCUUUUCAUGGCGGCGGCCGAGAAGGGUGUGAUCCGAGACGGGCUCGAGGCGGCCCGCGCCUCCGCGGGUGGCGCGAGGGUGAGCUGCGUGAUCGGGGACGCGUUUGUCUGGAUGGCCGCGGACGCCGCUGCCGCUGUCGGGGCGCCGUGGGUUCCCGUAUGGACUCCGGCGUCCUUCUCCCUCCUCGCGCACCUCCACACUGACAAGCUCCGCGACGACUUGGGCGAUACGGGGGCGAGCAGAGUAGACGAGCCGCUCACCGCGUACGCCGGCCUGGGCGGCUACCGCUUCCGGGACCUCAACGACGGCAUAGUCUCCGGCGACUUCAACCACGUCAUCAACCUCCUCGUGCACCGCGCGGCGCAGCAAGCCCGCAAACACGCCAUCGCCGUCGCCGUCAACUCCUUCCCGGGUCAGGACCCGCCGGACCUUACCGCCGCACUCGCUGCAGAGCUCCCAAACCCACUCCUCCUUGGCCCCUACCACCUCCUACCCGCCGCCCAACCCGCGCAAGACGAAACACCAUCCGACCCGCACGGCUGCCUAGCCUGGCUGGACCGCCACCCCGCGCGCACCGUCGUGUACAUCGGCUUCGGCACGGUCGCCGCGCUGCGGCCGGAAGAGCUGCGGGAGCUUGCGGCCGGUUUGGAGGCGAUGGGGGCGCCGUUCCUCUGGUCGCUGGGGGAGAAGUCGUGGUCGCUGCUGCCGGCAGGCUUCCUGGAGCGCGCAGCGGGGCUCGUGGUGCCGUGGGCGCCGCAGGUGGGCGUGCUUCGGCACGCGUCUGUGGGCGCGUUCGUCACGCAUGCCGGCUGGCUGUCGGUGCUGGAGGCCCUGUCCAGUGGCGUGCCAAUGGCGUGCCGCCCAUUCUUCGGCGACCACACCAUGAACGCUCGCUCGGUGGCCAGCGUAUGGGGUAUCGGCGUGGCGUUCGACGGUCCGAUGACGCGGGACGGAGUGGCUGACGCGGUGGCAACGCUGCUGCGCGGGGAGGAAGGGGAGCGGAUGAGGGGGAGGGCGAAGGAGAUGCAGGCCAACAUGGACAAGGCGUUCCAGCCCGACGGCGGCUGCAUCGUCAAUUUUCACCACUUUGUCAAAAUUGUUUGCCGCGUCUGAUCACAACAAAUGCUUUCCACUGUAUCAACUACUACCUCCGGACGUAAAUAAUCGACGCGCUCACCUGCUGAUGGCAUGCGUGUGCAGCCCUUCCUCCGUGUCUAUUAAAUCCGACCGGACGGAGUAAUACAUAGUACUAUUAAAUUCCUCCUUGAAAAGUGUAUUCAAUUCCUUGAAACAUAUUUUUAAUAUCUCUUUACUAUUA